GAGGCGACACCUUGGUUACUUCCGCUGACAGCAAUGCUUCCGGGUUGGCGUUGCGGUGGCGUUUCCGACUGUGGCAGCCUCGGCUUCCCAGUCGUCUGCGGAGCCCGAACAGUCCAGCCCCUUCCCUGUCUUUCACUCUUCUGGCAACGGUGGUUUUACUUCUUCGAUUGAGCCCUGCUUCUUCGACCCCCCUGGGCGGCCGCCUCCUUCAGGCGCCUCCAGUCUCUCCAAGAACUCGCUCGACAGCUGAGGAACUGGCAAGAUCCUGCUACCCAGAGGGUGAAUGGGUAUCUUUCCUGGAAUAAUCCUAAUUUUUCUAAGGGUGAAGUUUGCAACGGCGGCCGUGAUUGUAAGCGGACACCAGAGAAGUACCACUGUAAGCCAUGAGAUGUCUGGUCUGAAUUGGAAACCCUUUGUAUAUGGCGGCCUUGCCUCUAUUGUUGCUGAGUUUGGAACUUUCCCCGUGGACCUUACCAAAACACGGCUUCAAGUACAAGGCCAAAGCAUCGAUGUUCGCUUCAAAGAGAUAAAAUAUAGAGGAAUGUUCCAUGCCUUGUUCCGAAUCUAUAAAGAAGAAGGUGUAUUGGCUCUAUAUUCAGGUAUUGCUCCUGCAUUACUGAGACAGGCAUCGUAUGGCACCAUUAAAAUUGGGAUUUACCAAAGCUUGAAACGAUUAUUUGUAGAACGUUUAGAAGAUGAAACUCUUCUAAUUAAUAUGAUCUGUGGGGUAGUGUCAGGAGUGAUAUCUUCCACUAUAGCCAACCCCACUGAUGUUCUAAAGAUUCGAAUGCAGGCUCAAGGAAGCUUGUUCCAAGGGAGCAUGAUUGGCAGCUUCAUUGAUAUAUACCAACAAGAGGGUACCAGGGGUCUGUGGAGGGGUGUGGUCCCAACUGCUCAGCGUGCUGCCAUCGUUGUAGGAGUAGAGCUACCAGUCUAUGAUAUUACCAAGAAGCACCUAAUACUGUCAGGAAUGAUGGGUGACACAAUUUUGACUCACUUUGUUUCCAGCUUUACAUGCGGCUUGGCCGGGGCUCUGGCGUCCAAUCCAGUUGACGUGGUGCGAACUCGCAUGAUGAACCAGAGGGCAAUUGUGGGACAUGUGGACCUCUAUAAGGGUACUUUGGAUGGUAUUCUAAAGAUGUGGAAGCAUGAGGGCUUUUUUGCACUCUAUAAAGGAUUUUGGCCAAACUGGCUUCGACUUGGACCCUGGAACAUCAUUUUUUUUAUUACAUACGAACAGCUCAAGAGACUUCAAAUCUAAGAACUGGAUAUAUGAGAACCCAGCUCUGCCAGCCUUUCUACUGUUUUUCUUUCCUCUUCUUUCGUGUUCUAAUGUAUUUUGACACAGUUGUAUUUACCGAACCAGUGGUCUCCCAAGCCCUCCUGAUAGAACAAUAGGAUGGUUCAGCAUUGCUCAUGCAUUUGUGUUACCAUGUUAACUUUCCCUGAGAGGAAGUGUUAACAUUGAAACUCUGGUGCCAGAUUGGUAUCUUCUGUGAAGAUGGAUACUGAUGGGUAACAUUCAAAAUGGCCUUCUUUCCAAAUGUGGGUAAAAUAUGGUUGGUUGGCCCCAGAUCUGUGUAAGAGCAGAAGACGUAGGCUGGGACAGUGAAAUGUAUGUUAUAGACCUUGGUUGUCAUUAAAGUAUUUAUUGGCAGAAUCA